AAGCGGCAUUGCCGUUGCUACAAAUAAAUGGGAGGAGGAGAGUGGGGAGGAGCACUAAACAAUUUGCAGAAUUCAGGCUUUGUCAAUCAACCCACCGAAAGAGCAGUAGCGAGUCUCUGCUACUCUACGGGUUCUCUCAUUUCACAGUUGUUACUACUACUAACUUCCUGCUUUCCUCCCUCGCUGCUCCUACUAGGCUCAACAGGCAUAUCAGUUAUGGCCACCGUGACUACUUCUCGCUUCGUCUCAAGAUCCUCAAAUGUGCACCACCACCCUCCGCCGCCUCCUGCAGACUCCUCCGCCUAUUUGGCGCAUCUGGGUCUCCGACCUCAAACUGUAACCCAUCAUGGCUUGAGAGCAGUGAGCAGACUCAACCUCCACCAUACCAGAGCCACUGCCAAACCAACCGAACUCCACAAAUCCGCUCACGCUCACGCUCACGGGCCUUCCGGAACCAUCGUCUGCGGAACAGGAGCCUGUUUCGUCUUUGUGGCCGCUGAAGUCGCUCCUUGGAGCAAAACUGGUGGCCUCGGGGAUGUUUUGGGAGGAUUGCCACCUGCUUUGGCUGGCUUGGGUCACCGAGUGAUGACUGUUGCACCUCGUUAUGAUCAGUACAAAGAUGGUUGGGAUACAAGUGUGCUUGUCCAGAUCAAGGUCGGAGAUAGAAUUGAGGUUGUUCGUUUUUUCCACUGCUACAAGCGUGGAGUAGAUCGUGUUUUUGUGGAUCAUCCAAUCUUUCUCGAGAAGGUUUGGGGCAAAACUGGAUCAAAGAUCUAUGGUCCUAGGGCUGGAGAUGAUUACCAGGACAACCAGCUGCGGUUCAGCUUGUUGUGCCAAGCAGCUUUGGAGGCACCACGAAUUUUGAGUUUAAACAAUAGCAAAUACUUCUCUGGAACAUAUGGAGAGGAUGUUAUCUUCAUUGCCAAUGAUUGGCAUUGUGCUCUUCUACCAUGCUACCUGAAGACUAUGUACCAGUCUAGAGGAAUCUACAUGAAUGCUAAAGUUGCUUUCUGCAUUCACAACAUUGCCUACCAGGGAAGAUUUCCUUUUGCAGACUUCUCUCUUCUCAAUCUCCCUGAUCAAUAUAAGAGUUCCUUUGACUUCAUUGAUGGAUAUGACAAACCAGUGAAAGGAAGGAAAAUUAACUGGAUGAAGGCUGGAAUUUUGGAGUCAAACAGGGUCUUAACUGUGAGCCCGUACUAUGCCCUGGAGCUUGUUUCUGGCAUUGAAAAGGGUGUGGAAUUGGACAAUAUUCUCCGCAUGAAAUGCGUAACAGGAAUUGUGAAUGGAAUGGAUACCCACGAGUGGAAUCCGGCGACUGAUAAAUAUAUUUCUGCCAAUUAUGACAUUACGACUGUUAUGCAUGCAAAGGCCCUACUAAAAGAAGCUCUCCAAGCUGCUGUUGGAUUACCAGUUGACAGGAAUAUUCCGCUGAUUGGCUUCAUUGGCAGGCUCGAAGAGCAGAAAGGAUCAGACAUCCUUGUUGCCGCCAUUCCCAAGCUCAUUCACAUGAAUGUUCAGAUAGUAAUCCUUGGGACUGGCAAAAGGAAAUUUGAGAAGCAGAUUGAACAGCUUGAGGUGAUGUACCCCGACAAAGCAAGAGGAGUGGCAAAAUUCAAUGUCCCAUUAGCCCACAUGAUUAUUGCUGGAGCUGACUUUAUGCUGCUUCCAAGUAGAUUUGAACCUUGUGGUCUAAUUCAACUGCACGCCAUGCGCUAUGGAACAGUGCCUAUAUGUGCUUCGACUGGUGGACUCGUUGACACGGUCAAAGAUGGCUACACGGGGUUCCAUAUGGGAGCCUUCAGCGUUGAAUGCGAUGCGGUUGAUCCAGCUGACAUCCUCAAGAUCGUAGUGACUGUAGCCAGAGCUCUCGCUAGCUAUGGAACCCUUGCCCUAAAAGAGAUGAUUAGAAAUUGCAUGUCACAGGAGCUCUCCUGGAAGGGGCCUGCUAAGAAGUGGGAAACAGUGUUGGUGAGCUUAGGUGUUGCUGGGAGUGAAGCUGGUGUUGACGGAGACGAAAUUGCCCCACUCGCCAAGGAAAACGUUGCCACACCUUGAGUGUCAUCCAUCAUCCAGCUUAGCUAUAUAUAGUUAGCCUAUUGCCUCGCACCUUUUAACCCUUUUUAAUAAAAGCGAAGUAACGGAUCAGGUGAAGCUUUAUCUAAUAGUACUUGUAAAAAUCGCCAGCAUUGUUAUUGUUGUUGUGGGGGGGGGGGGGUAUUUUUGUGUUUCAUCCAGUUUUCUGGUUAGGAUAAAGAGAUUAUUAUGCCUGCAGAUUAUGCUUUUGUUGAGCUGUUGCUGGAAAGGUGGAUUUGGAGGAGAGGAAAAAGGGGAUGAUGAAUGAAUGUAGUAUAAUAGAUAGAUAAAUAAGACCGUAACAAACUGCGGUGUGGCUCAAUCGACGACCGUAGAGCUUGUUCUCGAGCACCAUGUGAAAUAAAUAAAUCAAUAGAAAAUUCUUACCGUUGA